AUUUGAAUUAGUUGUAUACGAAAAGUGCGAGUUGACAUUGAAAUAAUUAGACAAUGUCGCUAAUGCCGAUGUUAUUCUCUGACUGGUGGGAAGAUUUGGACCGACCUCACCGCCUUUGGGAUCAACAUUUUGGCACGACUCUAGAUCCAGAUGAUCUCAAUGAAUUUGAUGCAGAUAUCUAUCGGCCACACAGACGCGGCAGAAGACAUCAUCAUCAUCAUCCAUUCUUAAAGAGUUUGAACAAAAGGCAUGGACGCGGUGUGUCAACUGUGCAAGCUGAUAAGGACAAAUUUCAAGUAACGUUGGAUGUGUCGCAGUUUACACCAGAAGAAAUUAAUGUUAAAGUGGUAGAUCAGAAAAUUGUAGUUGAAGCUAAACAUGACGAAAGAAAGGACGAACAUGGCUGGAUAUCCAGACAAUUUGUCAGAAAAUAUAUGGUACCGUCGCAAUGCGAUGUCGACCAAGUGGAAUCACAUUUGUCGUCAGAUGGGAUCUUAUCUAUUUCGGCACCUAGAAAGCAGCCUUUACAAUCUGAAUCAAACGAAAGAGUUAUAAAGAUACAGUACACGGGUGAACCAGCUUUAACCAGUCAGGAUGAUAAUACGAACUCGUCAGAAUCGCAAAGAGAACAGCAAACACAACAACGAAUGCAGCAGCAACAAUCGCAACAGCCGCAACAGUCACAACAGCAACAUCAACGUGGCAGAAAAAGCAAUGUUAAAGCUGCAUAAAUCAUCUUUAUCAUUCUUUACUUGUCGAUUCCAUUUUUUUUUUUUUUUUUUUUUAAAUCAAUACCA